AUGCCGAACGAUCGUGGAAGAGCCGCUCGCGCGAAGAGACAUGGAGGCCCCGCUCCGGACGAACGAGGCUCAUCUGAUGAUGGCGAUGACAGCUCCGAAGUCGAAUCGAUUGGCCCGUUUGAUGAGGAGCACGCCCAAAAAGUCACCUACAGGCUUUCCGAAGAAGCCCGAGAUACUGACGGCGCUGAGCGGCACGCCGACACACGAGACGAAGAGGCUGACCGAAGGGAGCAGGCUCGCCGGCGUGAAGCUACCUACAGGGCUCUCGACCAAGCCCGAGAAGCUACCCGCGCUGCCUUGCCGUAUCGUGGGGGCUACAGGGGAGGAUCGCGCCAUGAAGACGCACCCACCACCGCCAGUCGGCCUAGCCCAAUGACCAACCGUGGACACGGACGCCAUGCGCCCGAACCCCAAGGCGUGUGCCAAAAAUGUGGAACGCGGGAAACUUCACGGUGGAGACCGGGUCCUAGUGGCUCAAAGACGUUGUGUAAUGCGUGUUAUCGGAGGUGGGUCAAUCAGGGGAGGCCGAGGACGUUGCCUAGAGCCGGCGACGAACAAACAUCGUCCGACAGUGACGAGGAUGGCAUAGACAAGCACCUCAAGGCCGGUAGGCUUUAUGAGAAAGCUCGCGCUGGUGGAGGAGGGAGCAAUUUCUUGUACAACGAAUACCAGAGAGAGCAAGCUCGCCGGCGUGAAGCUACUUACAAUGUCCUCGACCAAGCCAGAGAGGCCAAUCGCGCAUAUCGUGAGGGCUUUACGGGUGAAUCGCGUCGCGAAUCUGCAUCCACCGGCACGAGCGACCCAUCGACCUACGUCACAGCGUCAACCACAGCUUCGAACUAUCAGAAUUCGCCACCGCUACCUCGCACUGGUCCGGGCUAUCAGUAUCAGGAACCUCGCUAUUGGUUCAACACGCCAGCUGUCGGCCCCUACGCGAAUGCAUAUCAGUCGAAUGCUGGUAAUCCUUACGGACAGGCAUCCUCGCAAGGGCCAGCUAGCACCGCAGGCGGUCGUACACAAAGCUCGUAUUCUGACAGCUACUACGACGGGUGGUCACGCGGUUGUUGGUAUGUACCAUUAUCACAGGCUUCCGCCACGAGUCCCAAGCCCUCGAACACAGAGCUCACGCGCCGAGAGUACUUACUCUACUGGACCAAGCACUCAGGCAGGAAGCACUUCCACGGACAAUACGCAAUCUACGGCCCGGAGCCAUGGAGCACAAACCACUUCUACCGACAGUACAUCUACCACUACUGGUCCGAACCAUGGCCGCAUGGGCCCUCCGCCGCGGCGAGGUAA